AUGAACUUAUAUUACCAUGACUUGGAGACAAUUGAGCGUCAUAUAUUUGUAAAGGGAUUUUAUAGUAAAUAUGUUACGUGGGAGUAUCAUGGGGAAGAUAUCAAAGAAGUAAACAAAGACCGAGAGGAACUAGAAACAAAUAGUGAAGAAGACGAAAUAUCAUGUGAUAGUGAUAAUGAAGACGAUGACAAUAUGAUACCAGCAUUAGAAGAUUUAGCUAAUCAAUAUCAUCAUAAUAGUGAUUUUGUGAACCUUGGAGAUUCAAAUGACCACAACAAUGAAAUGAAUACAUUGCCUGAAUUAUUUGCUGAAGCAGAAAAAGAGUUGUAUUUUGGAUGCACAACAUUCUCAAUAUUAACAUUUAUUGUUAAUUUAAUGCACAUUAAAGUUAUGUGUGGUUGGACCAACAAAUCAUUUGACUUGUUGCUUGACUUACUUUGGAAAGCAUUUCCCAAAGACAAUAAGAUUCCACAGUCUUAUUAUGAGGCUAAGAAAAUAUUGCGUGAUCUUGGUUUAGGGUGUGAAACUAUUCAUGUAUGUGAGUUUGAUUGUGCUUUAUACUGGAAAGAAAAUAAAAAUGCUGAAAGAUGUCCUAUAUGUGGUCAUGAACAAUACAAAUUCCAAGGAACUAAAGGUAAGAAGAUCCCGAACAAAAAGAUGCAAUAUUUUCCUAUAACUCCACGUUUGCAGCGACUUUUUAUGUCUCGUCAUACAUCAUCUAAUAUGAGGUGGCAUAUGGAAGAACAUGUUGAUACCGAAGGUGUACUUAGACACCCAGUAGAUGCAGAGGUUUGGAAGAAUUUUGAUAGACAAUAUCCUGAUUUUGCAAAAGAAUCUAGAAAUGUUAGGUUAGGAUUUGCAACAGAUGGGUUCAAUCCAUUUGGUGAUUUAUCAAACUCGUAUAGCAUGUGGCCAGUGUUGCUAAUGCCAUAUAACAUGCCACCAUGGAGAUGUAUGAAACGAGAAUUAUUAACGAUGGCAUUACUAAUUCCAGGACGUCGUGCUCCAAAUAAAGACAUAGAUGUCUAUUUAGAACCUUUGAUCGAUGAGCAUAAGGAACUAUGGGAAAAUGGUGUACUAUUAUGGACGAUAAAUGAUUUUCCAACAUAUGGUACUGUAUCUGGGUAUAGCACUCGUGGGUAUAAGGCUUGUCAUGUUUGUCAGGAUGACACAUCUUCAUUUCGAAUAAGAAGAAAAAUAUUUUUUAUGGGUCAUCAUCGAUAUUUGUGUCCGAAUCACAAAUGGCAGAAUGAUAGAGAGUAUAAUGGUACAACUGAAAGAGGUUUGCCUCCAGGAAUUUUAACAGGAGAUGAAAUCUUAGAUAAAUUAAAAGGUGUGUGGAAAUGUAGGCCAGGUAAAAAUGAUAAGAUCAUUAAGGACGAUAAGCAACAAAUGAAUGAUGCAUGUUAUGAAAACAAAACGAACUAG